GGGUGUCUUCCUCAUUAGCUCUCCCGUUUCUCCAAAAGGCAAAACAGCGCGAUUAAGAUUAUUUGUUCGAAGAUGGGACGCGGGAAGUUAGUGCUCAGAUUUAUCGCCAAUGAUAGAUCACGCAAGAUGACCUUCAAGAAGCGGAAGGAGGGGCUGCUGAAGAAGGCAGAAGAGUUGUCGAUCCUCUGCGACAUCGACACCUGCGUGGUCAUCCACAGCCCGGAUGACGACUCGGGCCGCGGGCCUGCUGUCUGGCCCCAUGAUCCUGAGAAGGUGAAGCAGGUCAUUGAUCGCUACUUCGACGAGAGUGUGGACAGGCGCAAAAGGCAUGCCACUGGGCUGCGUGAGUUCUAUAUGCGGCGGAAGCAGAAUCUAGAAAAGGAGCUCGGAAAGGUCCGACCCACAAAUUGGGCUGCCAAGUUCCCCGUAUCAGAUGAGCUACUCAAUGGCCUUUCGCAGGAUGAGCUCCUAUCUCUGCCGUCCGUGCUGAGGCCGAAACUCGAGAGUGUGAAGAAGAGGCUCUUAGCAGCGAAGGAGAAUGCUGGGAGGAGCACAUCCAGGAUGGACCCGCUGCAGAUGGAGCAGCUUAAUGGUUCGAUGAUGUGUCACCCGGUCUGGGGCUCUUCCGCUAGUAACAGCAGCAGCACCACCAUUGGCAAUCAUCAGAACAAUGACAACCGCUGCUGCUACAACUAUCCUUUCACCGUCCCGACUUAUGAUGCUAGCUUCCCUCAGUCUUCAUCGCUUUCGACUCGUCAAACUGGGACGCGGCCCUUGGAUCAGUACAACCAGAUGUCUGGUAGGCUUCCAGCCCCAGAGAACCCCAUGCUUAACUGCUCGGGUGAGGAUAUGCUCGGGAAUGCAUCUUCAGGGCUCGGGUCAAGUUUAUCCUGUGAGAAGAUGGCGUCGAUCACAUCUGGACACCAACCAGCGAGUCUUCGAAUUAUCACGGAUGGGGUAACUUUUGCUCACGAGACUCAUCCUUAUGUCUAUGGUGCUGCUAUAUUACUAGACUCCUGGGAUCGCGUCUUAUGGGUUGCUGUCACUAGUUGCUUUGGUUCCCAUCCCCUCCUGGCAGAAGGCAUUGGCUGCAGGUUGGGCUUGCAACUAGCAUCGGCAUAUCCGGGUGAGCCCGCUCUUCUCAUUACGGGCUCACAGACGUUAGUAGCAGCUGUUCAGCCCGGCGCCCCGCAACCACUUGCUCUCUCUGGCGUUAACUCUGAUAUUAUUCAUUUGCUCAGGUCGUUGCCCCUAUUGUCCUGUGUAUGUAUGCCUAGGAAAUAUGUUGAGCUAGCUCAUCAGUUAUGUAUGCUUGCGGGGCAGCUGGGCGUUUGUGGUUUUUGGUCCGCCGACGACUUACCAAGUGCUAUGCGCUCCUUGUUUUCGGUCCUUUAAGGUAGCUAUUACCAGUGCGUCUUCUUAGUAGAUUAAUUUUUGUUCGGACAUCGACUCACCCAUUAAAUUUGUUCUUACACUUUUUACACA